UGCCAUCCCAUUCUGCCUUAUCACGCAUUUCAUAACGCCCACGCAGGAUCUGUUUUUUUAAAUUCUAGCACAACCUGUCUCCCUCUCCCAGAGGGGAAAUCCCAACAAACGAUGGCUGUUACAGGGGAGUGGUUUGCUCCAACAACAAAUUAAAGUCAUCCAGAGCUUGAGCUUUCAGUUAUAUGCAGGUGUUCAGUAACAAAACACAGGUCUUCAUCCUGCAGAUGCGCAGAACUUGACAGACACACCUCAGUAACCCUGUGUAGGAGGAAACCAGUUGCGGGGCAUUUUGUGCUGCAGUUGUUCCUUGUUUCUGAUCCUGCGUUAACAAGCAGAAAGGUUGUGUGUGUGGAGGGAGCAGCAGAGAAAACUGACAGAGAACGCUAGCUGAGAAUCAGUGAAUGACUCCGUAAACAUGCUGGAUUCUAGAGGGAUUGAAAUCUCAGGAGGCCAGACUCUGCUGGCCUCUCCUUUCGGCUCGAGUUUCAGAGGGUGCUCAUUCAUCGAUGUGAAGCCGCCACCGGUGAGAACUGUGAAGCAAAUGCUAAUGAUGAAACGUAAAAAUCUACAGAACUGCUCACAGGACAACUACAAUUUGGAGCAUAAACGCAUGUCUCCAAAAUACGAAACUUCUCCCACUGGUGUGAAUCAUCAUCAGUUAAGCCCUCCAGUGCCUGUCAGUCAAAAUACCACCACCCUGUUUCCAACUGCUGCUCCUGAAAAUGCUCCAAUGAAACAAGAGUUUCUCGUAAAUCAACAAAUGCAGCACAGCUUCGAGUAUCCACCCCUGCACGAACAAAGGACCCCGUCUCCUGAAGGCAGGAUGACCUUGUUUCAAUGGCAAAUACAGCAGGAGGCACGCAAAGUUGAAGGAAUUUCCCUAGAGCAGCUGUCCAUGCAGGACUCAGAUGGUGACACAUUCCUUCACAUAGCAGUAGCAAAAGGUCUGCGUGCUCUGGCUUACGUGCUCUCUGCAAAAAUGGCUGGAACUUGCUUUCUGGACAUUAAAGAACACAAUGGGCAGAGCCCUCUCCAGAUCGCGGCUACCACCAAUCAGUACUUAAUUCUCCAAGACCUCAUGGCUCAUGGAGCUCAGGUCAACACGAGAGACUGCUGGGGCCGUGCUCCUUUGCAUGUGUGUGCUGAGAAAGGCCACUAUCUCACUCUGGGGGGCAUCUGGAAGGCCUUAAAAGGAAAUGGGGAACUGAUCGAUGUAGAAAUGUUCAGUUACGAUGGUUUGACUGCUCUUCAUUUGGCCGUCUUGUCUCACAACAAUGUUGUGAAGGAUCUGAGGAACCUGGAAAAUCCCUGCACAUUCAUGACCGCGGAGCUGGGGCAGCGAAAGCGCUUGUACUUUGAAUGUAUCAAGAUUCUGCUGAACAUGGGCGCCUCCUGUGGGACAAAGGAUCUGAAAAGUGGGCGGACUUCUCUCCAUAUGGCUUCUGAGGAGGCAAAUGUGGAGCUGCUGAAGAUUUUUCUUGACCAGCCAACAAUGCUGUCCAUUGUAAAUGUUAAGACGUUCAGUGGAAACACGGCGCUGCACAUCGUCAGCUCUCUGACCAAUCACAAAACUCAAGCCGAAGCGGUGAAGCUGCUUAUGAGAAAGGGAGCCGAUCCUGGGAUUAGGAACUUAGAAAAUGAGCUGCCGUCUCAGCUGGUACCUGAAGGUCCUGCUGGGGAAAAGGUAAGGGUGUCACUUCACAUACAUGCUGGAGGAAUUGCAGAUGGCACUGUUUGCUGACUGAAAUCAAAAUCAAAUUUUUUUCCUGCAGGUGCGGCAGAUCCUGAAAGGAAAACAUGUUAAUGCUUAAAUAAAGCUGAAGAACACUGUCAGUCAGACAGUUGAGUAUGAUAAAUAUGAUUUGCCAAACAAGGCAGAUGGUGGUUGUUUCAGUGAAACAUGUCGAGUUGUUCAUUACGGUGUAAUGCUUACAAAAAAAAAAAAAAAAAGUACUUAUGUAAAAUUUUUGUUACUUUUAUCAAGUAGGGUCAGUGUGAUUAUUCUUUACAGGUUUUAAGAGUUUGGAAAGGAAUCUUGGGGUUGUUUUUUUAAAUUUUUGAAUAUUUUAGCACCAAGUGAAAUCCUUUUGUUAAUGCAGUGGAAAAUAUUUACCCAUCUCAUCAAGAGAUAGUACUUUGAAAGGUAUCAAAUGAUUUCUUUUUUUCCCCGGCAUAUUGGGCCAAAAUGUAACAACUGGUGCAUCCCUCAUCAAAUCUACACUUAAUUUUCUAAGCUUAAAUCUUUGUAAGAGUUCUAAUCCUAAAUAUCUAGGUAAUGUUUUGAUAAUGAUAUGCAAAAUGUGGGGAAAAAAAAAUCACUGAACCAACUUUUUUCUAACUAUGCAAUUACACUGUGUUGUUUUUGUCUUCAUGACUGUGUGUUAUUGUAAAGGUAACUAUUGUGAUGUGUGAAUUGUCUUGUUUUACAUUUUUAGUUAAGUUUCAACUAUAUGGUUGUAAAUAGGAGGGGUGAUAUAGAAUUCUGGGACUCUGCCUCAUAUACAUAUUAAAAAAUCAAACAGGCAUGAUUUAAAUUUGGGCAAUCACCUGUUAAUGUCUUAUGUGCAUCUCCAACACAUUGUGGAAAACCUCCAACUCCAAUUUUGGAGAAAUGGACGAAGUCACCUGGAGGAAAAUUUGACUAAUAUGGUGCCGAAUCCCAGAAUUUUUACUACAAUUUCUAAUUUUCUAAACAUUUUAUUAAUGUUACUGCAUGUGAUUUGCGUUUUCUCAGUACUUAAAAGUAAUGAAGUACACAAAACAUUUUAGGAUUUGUUGCUGUUAAUGAUGAAAUGUCAGAAAUCAUGUACAGAGGGGAAGGUGGUGGUUACAAUCUGUCCAAGGACUGAUUUUCUUCAAACAAUGAUGUAAUCACUGUCAAAUAUAAAUAUAGAAAAAAAACAAAACAAGCUGGACAACAAUAAAGUCUCUUAGUCUUGGCAA